ACGCGACAUGUCGACCGCGUCUGCCAGCACGCACCGUUCGACGAAACCUGUGCGCCUGGGAAAGGAACUGAUCCACAGCAAACACUGGCAACAAAACCUCUCAUUGUUAAGCCAUAUAAUGGGAACGAUGUGACAACAGACACUAGUGCCACGAUGGAUCUUCUAAAGUACGUACGCGUUUCAAUUCUAAUUCUGCCAAUGGUCUUAGGCCAAGUGCGAAAACCUCAAAGUUCCAUGAUUGGUGAAGAAUACUGCCAGCGACUGACAAAGGAUCCGUAUUUUGAACCUGAAAUGGUUAUCGGUAAACCAUGGAGGAUUUAUUACACGUGGAACAUCAAGAUGGAAGACAAGUGCCUGGACAUGAUGUUCAAGAAUGCGACGACAUCGAUCAUCAACAGAGUUUGGAAUGAUAUGAAUGAGUACGUGGAGACUCAGCCUUACUGGGACGCUGCUACAUUGCUAGUGACGAUGGGUCGAGCAAAACAUGAAAUGCUCUUGUUUGCAGAUCAAGGUGCGGCUGGAAGGUUUACAGGAGUACCAAACGUCGUCAGAGAUGGAAACAUAUCACCAGCAAGGAGUGCAGUGCCCCUUCUGAAGUUUCAUAUGAAACUGCUGCAUGCAGGCAAGUACCUGCUGAUGGUGGACUGUCAGAUUGCAGUGAUCACAUUGUCAGCUCGUACUAGGGCGAUGCCCUAUCGUGCGGAGAUCGGAGGCGUCGUCCACAAACUCAGCCUAGGCGAUGGUGUACAAGAAAACACAGCGCAAGUAGAUAACAUGAUGAAAUAUGUGAAUUUAAGCCUGGAAAACUAUACGUCUUGUGAUCAAUUUGUAGCAAAUAGUACAUUCGAUCCCAGAAGUGUUAUUGACAUUGACUGGAAAAUUUUCUAUUUCUGGACUCCUAACUUGGAAGAGAGUUAUAACAUCAAGUUCAGUUUAGCAUCUGAAGUGCUCGUCGAUCGAUUCCGUGUGGAGUUGGAUAGUGAGCUUAAACCUCCUGUGAACUGGAAUGACGCCAUACUCUUCAUGGAGACCUCCAUCGACUUCAGUGCCUUGAUCGUCAAGACCAAUGUAUCGGGGAUCGUCAGACUCAUUCCCUCUUUAGCUUUUGAGUAUCCUGGAGUCCCACUACUGAUAUUUGCUUUAAAAGUAGUGAAGCCUGGUUAUCUGGGCUUCCUCAGUUGCAAAUAUAGACUUUGUUAUGCUCUUGCGCCGGUUGAUAAAAUGCCUAAUCAUGAUUAUUUGACUGAAGAAGCCCAAAAGAUUGGGUUUUGGAGCGAUUUUGGGAGAACGCACACGGCAAUAGUUCCCCCCCUCCCCACCCUCCCUCCGGAACCAUUCAACAAGGAUGAUGAUGAUGAAGAUGAGAAUAUGGACAUGUUACACGAUUAUGCAUUACUUUAA